CCAUAAUCAGCCAGCCAGCCUUCUUCUCCAAGCAACUGCACCAUUCUCUCUCCUGCUCGUUCCUCGAACCAAUCCUACACGUGCGACCUUCACUCUUUCUGUUGUUGUUGUUAUAUAUACUUCUCGAUCUUCUUCUUUGUAACACUGCCGGAAACCCUAGCUUUGUUUGUGAGGAAGAACGAGAUCUGGAUUUGGAGAUUAACCGUACGGAUUUGGAGUUUGAUUUGAGGUUUUAUGAUGACGUGUGGCGGUUUGGAGUUGCCGCCGGGGUUCCGGUUUCAUCCGACGGAUGAUGAGCUGGUUAUGCAUUACUUGUGCCGGAAAUGUGCGUCUCAGAGUAUUGCUGUUCCGAUUAUUGCUGAAAUUGAUCUUUAUAAGUUCGAUCCAUGGCAGCUUCCUGAUAUGGCGUUAUAUGGAGAAAAGGAGUGGUACUUCUUCUCACCUAGAGACAGGAAAUAUCCAAACGGAUCACGACCGAACAGAGCUGCCGGAACUGGUUAUUGGAAGGCUACCGGUGCCGAUAAACCUAUCGGAAAACCAAAAGCGGUUGGAAUCAAGAAGGCAUUGGUGUUUUACGCGGGGAAAGCUCCGCGAGGGGUGAAAACGAAUUGGAUAAUGCACGAAUACCGCCUUGCUAACGUCGAUCGAUCAGCUGGCAAACGGAACAACAAUCUUAGGUUAGAUGAUUGGGUGUUAUGUCGAAUUUAUAACAAGAAAGGUACACUUGAGAAGCACCAUGUGACCGAUGAUCAUGGUUUCGACAUGGAAACCGAAACGAAACCAAAUAUUACACAAAAUACAGCUACGCAGGUGGUACAUCCGCCACCAUCAUCGGAUGUAGCCCAUCAUGUCAUGAAAGAUGUAUUUCAUUUUGAAACGUCGGAAUCAAUUCCGACGUUACAUACGGAUUCAAGUCCCGAACAAGAGGUCCAAAGUGACCCCAACGGGAAUGAGUUCCCAUUUAGUUAUGUAGAUCCGUUUCAGAAUGACGAUUUUACCCCGCAAUCGCAGUAUUAUAACGAUUAUCAACUCUCACCGUUUCAAGACAUGUUUAUGUACAACGCGAAGCCCUUUUAGAUGUAAAAAAAAUUGUUAAAAUUUCGUAAACUUGUUUUAAAAUGACAAUUUUACCCUUCAACGCCUCCACCACAAUGCUACAACUAUCAACUCUCGUCUCACAAGACAUGUUUGUCUACACGUAGAAACCUUUUCGGAUGUAAAAGCUGUUGAAACAUCACGUGUACGAACGUAGUUUUGUACUACUAUUUAAGCACAAAGUACGUAUCAUCAACACAUGUUGAAGACGGUGAGCAUGUUUGGGCCGAUUCAAAGCAUCUAUUUGCAUAUCAUCAAGUUGCAUUUGGCCACAAGUUGUUGAUACAUGAGUAUGGGACACAAGUUGAAUGGCAAAAUGGAUACUAAUUUUGUAUGGGCAAAGGAGCAAGUUGUUGAAAGCACAAAUGGUUGAUUUGGGAUAGUGGAUAGAGUAGAUGGUAAUGAUGGGCAAGAUUUUCCCAUUUUAGAACAUAGUUGCUUGCUUUUUUAGAUUUUUAAUUUCUUGAAUAGGAAAUAAAUUAUCAAUGUGUUGGUUUUUACCAAAAGUUGUAAAUGUGUGUUUGCUUACAUAAUGAUUGUAAUAUUUCCUAAAA